GUUGAUUCCGUCGGAAGCCGGACGUCAUUUUCACUGCAGGAUGGGCUUCAGUGAGUUGCUGGAGGAGCCGUGGCCAUGUGGUCGGGGAGGGUCCAAAAUAAAAGGAGGAGGCAUACAAUCUUUUGGCAGAGCGUGCUAAGAUACUCUACAAGGAUGUCAUCAGUGUUUGAACCUGACAUAGACCCAGGGCAUAAUACUACCACCACCAUGCUCGACGAUUGGUGGAUUUGGGAGAUACCAGUGGCUCCACGUGACCUUGAUCAGUCUCCCGGGCCUCCUGAUGGCGAGUCAGAACCUUUUAAACAACUUUGUGUCUGGAACCCCCUCCCACCACUGCAGUCUGGCCAAUUAUAGCCUCCUGGACACGCUUCCGCAGCAGGUGGAGCAGAAAGACAUCUUGAAGGCCUUCAUACCUCUGGACUCCUCAGGAACAAAACUAGACCGCUGCAGCAGAUACGUGACGCCUCAGUGGCAUCUGCUGGCGACUAACAGCUCCGCAAACACCAGCCACUUGCAAACUGAAAGCUGUGUGGACGGGUGGACCUUCGAUCGGUCCGAGUUCCUCGCCACCACCGUGUCCGAGUGGGAGCUGGUUUGUUCCCUGCGUCCUCUCAAGCAGAUGAUUCAGACCAUCUAUAUGGGCGGAGUUCUGACCGGCGCUAUCAUCUACGGCGGCCUGUCCGACAGGUUUGGGCGGCGGACUGUCCUUAUUUGGUCGUACUUGCAGUUGGGCAUCCUGGGCUGUAGCUCCGCCCUCUCGCCGACGUACACCAUCUACUGCGCUUUUAGGUUUCUGAGUGGGAUGGCAGUGUCGGGGGUCAUCCUGAACUCCGUCUCCCUGAAGGUGGAGUGGAUUCCGACCAAAACCAGGACGCUGGUGGGCACGCUUUCCUCCUUCUUCUUCACCUUUGGUCAGCUGAUCUUGGCGGGCCUGGCUUACUGGCUGAGAGAUUGGAGGAAGCUCCAGCUGGUCGUCUGCGCUCCCCAAUUCCUGUUCUUUGCCUACAGCUGGUGGUACUCGGAGUCGGCGCGAUGGAUGGUUCUGAAGCGAAAAUAUGAAGAGGCGUUGAAGAGCCUUCAGCGAGUUGCCCGGAUCAACGGAAAGAAGGAAAUGGCGGACAAGCUGACAUUGGAGGUUCUAAACUCCCACAUGAAGAAAGAGAUCGAGUCCUCCCAGACAAUGUUCACGGCCUAUGACUUGGUGAGGACCGCAGCAAUGAGGCGCAUCUCUGUGUGUCUCAUCGUAGUCUGGUUCUCCACCAGCUUCGCGUAUUACGGCUUGGCCAUGGACCUGCAGAAGUUCGGGGUGAGUAUUUACCUGAUCCAGAUCAUCUUUGGAGCUGUUGAUUUCCCCGCCAAACUUACGGCUCUGGCCAUGCUCAGUUAUCUUGGUAGGAGAGUGUCGCAGGCCACAUGCCUCUUCAUGUCCGCCCUCAUCAUCUUUGCCAACAUCUAUGUCCCAACAGACAUGCAGACCGUCAGAACCAUACUGGCGUGUCUCGGUAAAGCCUUCACGUCAGCGUCCUUCACCACCGUCUACUUGUACACUGGAGAACUUUACCCCACCAUCAUCAGGCAGACCGGAAUGGGUCUGGCCUCCACCAUGGCCAGGGUUGGCAGCAUGGCGGCGCCGGCCGUCCUCAUCCUGGACGAGGUGUUCCCUUCGCUGCCCAGUGUGGUCUACGGGGGUGCGGCUGUGAUAGCCGCAGGUUUCGCUUGCUUCCUACCUGAGACGCUCAACGUUCCGCUGCCAGAAACCAUCCAGGAUGUGGAGGAGAGAUGGCCUGGAAAAAGUGUGGCCGACAAGAAGAAAAAGGGAGAAUCUUCAGAAGAUGAGCAAGCGGUGUCCUUCAAAGACGUGAAGGAAAUUGAAGGAAGCGGUCUUAACGCUCUCUGACACUGCUCAUAAAAAUGCAACAAAUAUUAAUUAUUAUUACUAUUUAAGUCAGGGCUGUCAAACGUACGGCCCGAGGGCCGGAUCAGGCCCGCGAACAGGUUUUAUCCAGCCUGUGGGAUGAGUUUGCUAAGUAUAAAAAUGACCCUGAAAUUUUUUAAUGAAAGAAACAGCUGUUCUAAAUAUGUCCACUAGAUGUCACAAUAGCAAUUCUUUGUAGAUGAUGCUACAUAUGUAAGAAAAUAAAAAUAAACCACAUGAUGUCAAGGAAAAUGAUCAAACUACAUAAAUAACAUCCUGUAAUUUGAUUUUGAUACAAUUUUUUUUAUCUUGAUAGAUUGGAAAUUAACACCAAUGUGUUGACUGACGAACAUUAUCACCUCCGGGUACUCCAGCUUCCUCCCACCUCCAAAGACAUGCACCUGGGGAUAGGUUGAUUGGCAACACUAAAUUGGCUCUACUGUGUGAAUGUUGUCUGUCUCUGUGUUGGCCCUGCGAUGAGGUGGCGACUUGUCCAGGGUGUACCCCGCCUUCCGCCCGAAAGCAGCUGAGAUAGGCUCCAGCACCCCCCGCGACCCCGAACGGGACAAGCGGUAGAAAAUGGAUGGAUGGAUGACAACGGAUGUAUUUUUUUUAUGCAAUCUAACUCGUAAAUAAAAGUCAGCUUACAACGGAGCUAAUGGGAGUUCCUCUCUUCCGCCCAUUAAACCCAGUAAAUAAACAUCCAAAAAGCGCUAACAGUACUCUAUUUACAUUUUGUGACUUGAAUCUUAACCAAGUAUUCGUGACAUUGUUAUUUUAAGCGCUAACGCAGACAAACUAUUUACAACGGCGCCAUGGUCACUAGCUUGUGUGCCAAUGUUGAUAUGAUCGACUGAGGCGCUGCUUCCUCGUUUCCUUGCUCGUCAACCUUUCAUUGUAGAUAAUAAGUCAUGCCUCUCACCUGGAUAGAAGAAGGCUGAAGACGUAUUCCAACAAGUUGAUACACUUUGACAGCCAAUUUAAACCCGGAAAUGGUGAGAACGACACAAAGAGACGCUUGGUUCUUCGCGAGGAUUAUGAGUCAUUCUGCAUCUACCGGUAAAUUGGAAUAUGUGAACAUCUCAGCAGUCGGCAUCAUAAUGACAACAGAUAUUGUACAGUAAGUGAUGCUUUAUUAUGUUUGUUGGCUCUCAUGAUGUCUGCAGUGAGCAGUAAUCAGUGAUGUUAUCAAAAAAGCGAAGUUUGUGCCGCGUUUUUGCUUUAAAGUGAUCAAAAUAUGUUAAUAUAAAUGUACCCAUGUAGAGGUUGCCCGCUAGUGGGUUCCUCGGACCACCACACACUGCCACGAGAGCCCGGAUUUCAGGGUACA